CACUGAUACAUUGAUACAUACUCUCUCUCUCUCGCUCUCUAUCGACAAUAGAUAUCCAUGGCUUGCGAGGCAGAGGAUCAAAGCCCUAGAUUCUUCGUAGUAGUACACGUAGGCACGGCUUAUCACGCGCCUUCCAACGAGAAAUCCCUCAGGUCCGCUAUGAAACGCGCGUGCCUCGCCGCUGCUUUAGUUCUUCGCAAGGGCUCCGGCAGUUGCUUAGAUGCUGUUUCUGCAGCUAUUCAAGUGUUAGAGGAUGAUCCUAGCACAAAUGCGGGUCGAGGCUCCAAUUUGACAGAAGAUGGUCAUGUGGAAUGUGAUGCCAGUAUUAUGGAUGGUGAUUCUGGAGCAUUUGGGGCCGUUGGGGCAUUGCCAGGCAUUCGAAAUGCCAUCCAGAUUGCUACUUUAUUGGCCAAGGAUCAAAUUAUGGGAUCUUCUUUGUUGGGUCGAAUACCUCCCAUCUUCUUGGUUGGUGAAGGAGCUCGAACAUGGGCAAAGUCCAAGGGCAUUGCUUUGCCAGCAACUAUAGCCGAGGCUGACAAGUGGCUGGUUACAGAAAGGGCAAAAGCACAAUGGAAAACGUAUAAAGUGAUGGUUGAUGAUGCCUGUGGGUAUUUCUUGCAGUCUACAAGAAACUGCCGCAAUACCAGGUAUGUAGUUGUGACAGGGUCAAAUAAGGGGAUUGGGUUUGGAAUAUGCAGGCAACUGGCCUCAAAUGGGGUCGUGACGGUGCUAACUGCUAGAGAUGAGAAAAGGGGCAUUGAAGCUGUUGAAAAGCUCAAAGAAUCAGGGCUAUCUGAGUAUGUGGUAUUUCAUCAGCUUGAUGUGGCUGACCCUGGUAGUAUUGCUUCUCUCGCAAAUUUCAUCAAAACCAAAUAUGGGAAGCUUGAUAUAUUGGUCAACAACGCCGGGAUUUCUGGAUGUAUAAUAGAUGGUGAUGCUUUUGCAGCUAUGGGUGGUGGUAAGGAAGGUGCCACAAUCGAUUGGGAGAAAAUAAUGACUCACACUUAUGAGUUAGCUGAAGAUUGCGUGAGGACAAACUACUAUGGCUGCAGAAGAAUGGUUGAAGCACUUGUUCCCCACCUGCAUUUGUACAAUUCACCAAGGAUUGUUAAUGUUUCCUCUUUCUGGGGGAAGCUACAUAACAUAUCAAAUGAAUGUGCUAAAGGAGUGUUUGGUGAUGCUGAAAGCCUAACAGAAGAAAGAGUGGAUGAGGUAUUGAGUGAAUUUCUAAAAGAUUUUAAAGAGGGUUCCUUGAAAACGAAAUGCUGGCCUAGUUUUUUGCCUGCCUACAAAGUUUCAAAAGCGGCUCCAAAUGCCUAUACAAGAAUCGUGGCCAAGAAAUAUCCAUCUUUUCAUCUCAAUUACGUCUGUCCUGGCAAUGUCAAGACAGAUAUAAACCUCAACACUGGCUUCUUGACUAGUGAUGAAGGUGCUGAAAGUGCUGUAAAGCUAACGCUGCUAACGAUGGUCCUUUGGCGUAUUCUUUGA